GUAUGCAAAUGAGGCAGCAAUCAGCAUGGAGCAAAUGAAGCAGCAAUAGCUGGGGGUCCGGCAUUUGCGCGUAGGUGGUGAAAUUCGAUCUACAGUCUCAUGCGCGCCAUGUGAUCUGAUAGGUCUUCGUCUCCUACUACUUUGGCAGCACACACUUCCACUCUAACUUCAUUUUUCUCUUUUUCGUAAAUUCACACUUGAAUUUUCCACUCCACUUACACCCACCCAACAGUGCAAACUAGAAAGUAUAAAAUCCUCCCCUUAGUCCUCUCCUCCUUUCCUUUGUCGUCCCAAAUCAAAUGUAUAUUAAAUUCGCAUGUGACUCUUCCAUGUAUUAAUUACUAUAUAGCUAGAUCUUAGGGAGCCUCUAUUCGUAGAUCUUGAAGGAAAUUCCAGGAUACGUUGUUGCCUUCGCCAAUGGCUCACCCCGUCAAUUUCACUCACACAAAGACAAAGGUACUACUCCUCUCUCUUGUGUUUUUCCUUUCUCUUUCUGCAUGCUUCAGUGCCUUCUCCGAUCCUCAAUCUAGCUCUAGCACUAGGAGAAUGUUAGGUGCCCGAAAAGAAGACCAAGAAAAGCCUUUGAAAAAGAAAACCGCCGCCCAGUCCACCAAGCUAAUCAACCCCACCACCCCCCUUUCGUCAAAGAACCAAACCAAAACCAUCAAAUCCAAUAACAUUUCCUCCAAAAACCAAACCAAAACCAUCAAAACUAACCUCUCCUCCAAAACCCAAACCAAAAUCACCAAAACCACCCUUUCCUCAAAAAACCAAACCAAGCCACUCAAGCCUAGCUCCAAUUCACCCUCCAAAGCCAAAACCACUCCCACCGACACUAGCCUCAAAAAGCUCAACAAUUCCACCACCCAAAAAAUAAAGAAACUCAACGUCACAUCCAAACCAAACCCCGUUCCCACUUCAAGCAAGAAAUCAUUGGAUCUCGCGAAAGCAAGUAACAAAACAACAAAAGCCACCGCCACCAAGGUAGACACAAACAAGAAACAAAAGACUCCCCCGAAGAAACCCACGAAACAAGCACCACCGAGUUGGUUUAUCGACGAGGACGAGGAAGAUGGUUUGGUUUCACUUUCUGAGUUCACAGAUCUACCCAACAAGUUUCACCGAACACUCAUCCCCGACCUGGAACGAAUCUCAACCACUUCCAAAGCCUACAUCACCAAAGCCAAUAAUGAAAUGACAAAAGGCUUCAAACCCUACGUAGGCAAAAAAUAUGCACCCACCGUGGCCACCAUUAUUUCCUGCGCCUUCAUAUUCAUCCCUUUGAUCCUAGUCUCUCUCCUUUGCAACACAAUCAAAGCCUAUUUCUCCCUCCAGAAAAUUUUAAUCUUCAUCCAAGUCUACCUCUCUAUCUACUUCACCAUCCUCUGCGUCACGUCCUUGUUCACUGGCCUCGAACCGCUCAAGUUUCUAUACUCUACUUCGCGGUCCACCUACAUGUGCCUGCAGGUGCUUCAGACUCUCGCUUACGUCUUCUACUUGCUGCUCCUCUUGAUGUACCUCGUCCUCGUCUUCUCCACCGACUGUGGGCUGGGCUCGAGGCUGUUGGGCCUCGCUCAGAUCUUCGUGGGCUUCGCCGUUGGGCUGCAUUACUACGUCACAGUGUUUCACAGGGUGGUGCUGCAGCAACCUCCCAAGACGAAUUGGAAGAUCCACGGGAUUUACGCCACGUGUUUUCUCCUCAUUUGUGUGCUUGCUAGAGUUGAUAGAAGGAAAAAGACUUACGUGGAAGAUGGUGGAGGAGAAGGCAAGCGAAAUUGAGCUACCUAUACUAUAAUUAUGUAUUUAUUUUUCUUAUUCUUAUCAUUUUAUUUUUUAUUUUAUUCCAUUUAAUGAUUAGUUAUCCAAAAGUAACAGAACAAGCUUGUUCUAUAAAUAAGACCACAUGAUGACGACAACAUUUUUCAUGUCUCCAUUUGGAUGAAAACAGCACUAGUCUGCU